CAAAACCAACCGCCUCACCGGCAAAAGCCAAGUUGCCAACAUCAUCUAAGGACAUUUUGGCCAAGGUCGGUGCACUCAAAGCUAAGGCUGCCGAAUCGAGCGAUGAAUCCUCGGACUCCUCUUCGGAGGACGAACAACCCAAAAAAACUGUACCCGCACCCCCGUCGGACUCCGGUGAAUCAUCGGAAGAUGAAAAGCCUGUCAGUGUCCCACCUGUCAAAAAUGGGAAGGGUAAAGUGGAUAGCAGUGAUUCCUCCUCUGGUGACGAGAGCUCGUCAGAUGAGAAGGUAGAAAAUGUUCAGUCUGCCAAGGGCACCAAGCGCAAAGCAGAAGCAGAACCCUCCAUUUCCCAAAAAAAGUAUUUUCGUCGGUCGGUUAUCAUGGAAUGUCGACAACGACUGGCUGGCACAGGAGUUUGCCUCCUGCGGCGAAGUUGUCUCUGCUCAAGUACAAACAGAUCGCGCAACCGGCAAGUCUCGCGGUUUCGGCUAUGUUCAUUUCGCAUCCGCAGAUGCCGUUGAAAAGGCUCUCGAAAUGAACGGCAAGGAGAUUGAUGGACGACCCGUCAAUAUCGACAAGAGCACCCCACCGGAUAAAAAUGCCGUCCGUGAAAACCGGGCAAAAUCUUUUGGCGACACGCAGAGUCCAGCAUCAAGCACUCUCUUUGUUGGGAAUCUUAGCUUUGGUGUCACCGAGGAUCAACUUUAUGAAGUCUUCGGCGAGCACGGUGACGUUAAAAACGUUCGUGUUCCAACGGAUCGUGACUCAGGAAGGCCAAAAGGCUUUGCCUAUGUCGAAUUUAGUGCUGUCGAGGCCGCGAAGGCGGCCCAUGGGCAGUUGCAGGGUUACGAGCUUGACGGCCGCGGCCUUCGCUUGGACUUUUCACAGCCAAGAGACAGCGCUGGAGGUGGUCGGGGUGGAGGUCGUGGAGGAUUCGACAGAGGACGCGGACGAGGCGGUGACCGUGGCGGAAGAGGUGGUGGCAGAGGGCGAGGGGGCCCACGCACUGGAGCCGUCGCUCAGUUCGAGGGGUCCAAGAUCACUUUCGAUUGAGUAUUUUUGUGACAUCGUUUCAUCUGUACUGCUAGGCAGCACAACCCCAAAAAUCAUGAUUUACCAAAGUCUUUGCAUAUAGCUCGUACCAUAUACAUGUGCACAAUAUUUUAUCA